AUGAAUGUGGCGUCAAUAAAGAAAUAUCUCAAAGAACGAGGAGUUACUGUGAAUGACUAUUUGAAACUAGCUUUAGUUACUAUUGCUGCUGCGGUUGAAAAAAUAAUGUUGCCUCUUGACCCAAGCUAUGAAACGAAUAAUAAGGAAAAAAAUGUACGUCAACGUUUAUUUAUUCAUGAUAUGCAAAUCGCGGAUCCCUUUGUAAUAAAAACCCAAAACAACUUCAUUGACUCGCCGCCUUUCGGUUUAUACCACAUCUUCAAUCAUUUGAUAUACCAUGCUACUGAAUACGAUAAGCAAGGACUUGCGGCAUAUAAAUCUUACGAAGAUUCCCGACUUUUGCAAAUGUAAAGGUGGCAGAGACGGCGGGUGCAAACAUAUUUCAGCCGCAUUGUAUUCGUUAAAUGCUUUACUAAACAGUACAGGAGACAAAAGUGUGACAAACGAUCCUUGUAAGUGGGUAAGGAAACCACAGCGUAACACAGGACCAUGCAGAGUGGAAGAUCAGGAGAUUUUAAAAGGUACGUACAUUUCGAUGGUAAUAAAGUUGUGAUUUCUACUUGGUUGAAUUUGUAUUCUAAGUCGUGAUGCCCCCUUACCCCCUAGUUUUUGCGGAUUUGGGGUGGGGGGUUAGGGAGAGGGACUGUCAAAUAAUCUGUGAUCACAAAUAGAGGCAAUCCCAUGAAAAAAACAUUUGUCAAAUGUCUAACACCAAACAGUUUUUAGGCAAAUAGAAAAGGGCUACAAUCAUUGGUCUAUUCAUGUAUAUGGCAAUAUGCAUAUGGUAUUAUUUUGUGGCAGAGAUUCGUGUAGACAAUAUUAUAGCAUUUUUAGUAUUAACAAUUUUACUUUAUAUUAAAGGUAGUCUACCAUCGGGCAAAAAAAGAAAACGAGAAUACAACUUGCUCCAGAAUAUUGAUUAUGAUCCACGACCCACGAAACACCGAAAAGUUCAUUCAUUUAAAGCAAUGAAGACCUUCACAAACAACUUGAAUGUCAAUGUUUCUCCUCCACCUGUUAUAUUGUCUCUAUUGAAAAAGCACUACCUACUUACCGCAGGAUCCAAAGGCUUCAAAAAAGAACCUGAGGUUUUGGAAAGAAAUUGUGCCAUAAUGAAAGAGAAAUUGGAGCAAUUUGUGAAACAAACCACAAUGCUUACCCCCAGAUAA